AUAUAUAUCUAUAAACACACACAGUCACACACACAUUGAUCAUCUUUCAUCGAGUGAGAACAUUUCGAGAGAAAAAAUGGCAGCUUCUUCUACUAUUGUGUGUUUUGGAGAGAUGUUGAUCGAUUUCGUACCCGACGUGGCUGGAGUCUCUUUGGCUGAGUCUCAGGGAUUCCUUAAGGCCCCAGGUGGUGCUCCCGCUAACGUCGCUUGUUCCAUUGCAAAGCUAGGUGGCUCCGCCGCUUUUAUCGGCAAGGUUGGGAAAGAUGAAUUUGGAUUCAUGUUGGUUGACAUUAUAAAGAAAAACGGAGUGAAUGCUGAUGGUGUGUUGUUUGACGAGCAUGCGAGGACAGCUUUAGCAUUCGUGACACUUAAGAAAGAUGGUGAAAGGGAAUUCAUGUUCUAUAGGAAUCCUAGUGCGGACAUGCUCCUAAAAGAAUCCGAGCUUAAAAUGGACAUAAUCAAGAAAGCCAAGAUCUUUCAUUAUGGCUCCAUCAGUCUCAUCACCGAGCCAUGCAGAUCUGCUCACAUGGCGGCCAUGAAGGCCGCCAAGCAGGCUGGGGUCUUGCUUUCUUAUGACCCCAAUGUCCGCCUUCCCUUGUGGCCUUCUGCUGAGGCCGCCAGGCAAGGCAUCAAAAGCAUCUGGAACGAAGCUGAUUUCAUCAAGGUGAGCGAUGACGAGGUGGAAUUCUUGACACAAAAGAAAUCUGAUGAUGAAGAAGCCGUGAAGAGUUUAUGGCAUGAUGGUCUUAAGCUUAUGGUUGUUACGGAUGGCGAAAAGGGUUGUCGAUAUUACACCAAGAGCUUCAAGGGAAGAGUGCCCGGAUACUCCGUGAAAACUGUGGACACAACAGGAGCCGGAGACUCUUUCGUAGGCUCGUUACUUGUUUCUAUGGCCAAAGACACUUCCAUUUUCACGGAUGAAGCGAAGCUGAAGCAGGCACUAGCAUUUUCGAAUGCAUGUGGGGCGAUAUGCACAACAAAGAAAGGAGCCAUCCCUGCACUACCUUCCGUAUCCGAUGCCCAAUCUCUCAUGUCCGCUUCCAAGUAGAGAAUAAAAACCCUACGAGAUUGUUUUGUUUUUUUGCAAGAUUGUUUUGAAUGGUUUCUUAGUUUUUUAGAUCGUUUUUUCUUGGUUUAAACCAAUCGUUUCUUAGGUUAUUGAUUUGAAAAGGCCACGUGUUUGUUUGGA